AUGUCUACUGCUCAACUAGCAGUAACACUCUCUUCACUAACCAAGGCUUGCGCCGAUGUCGCGGCUUCAGAAGAGAUCUCCACUUUAUCUGACAUUGAACUCGUCCAGUCAGCAAUGGAAGUCAGCGAUUCAACUCUUCCAAUUCGUGUAGCUGACUCUGCUCGAAGAGAUUUCGCAGUGAACCUUCAAACUAUUACA